AUGCCAAAGAAACGUAGAAACGGAGGAAGGUCAAAACACAACAGGGGACACGUAAACCCCCUUCGAUGCUCAAACUGUGGAAGAUGUGUUCCAAAAGAUAAGGCAAUUAAAAGAUUUAAUAUAAGAAAUAUUGUUGAUACAUCAGCACAAAGAGAUAUUAAAGAAGCAUCAGUAUAUUCAACAUUUCAAUUACCUAAAUUAUAUAUAAAACAAUGUUACUGUGUUUCAUGUGCUAUCCACUCUCGUUUUGUUCGAGUUAGAUCAAGACAACAAAGAAGAGUAAGAAAGGAAACCACCAAACAUGCUCAUGCAUCACAAUUAUAA